AAUCAAACGUUGUCAUAGCCUAUCAUAAUAAUGAAGCAAAGUUUGUCCAAACUAUUUUUCCUUGUUUGCCUAUCCAUCCCAUGCAACUGUGGAAUGAUGAUAAGAAACAACGCGCUUAUGACAAAGAUGGUAUCGGAUUUUCACACCCCGAAGAAGCAUACAGUCGAUAUAAUGCGGAACGUGCUUUGCAAGAACUUCCCCACCAUCCCAUGCGAACUCAUCACGAAAGACGACGCGCUCAGAAAUUUGGUGCAGAAAACCAUAAGACUGCUGAAUGAAAAGCAGCGAAACCUUCAAAAUGUAACCACAACGACCGAAGAACAGACUGAAUUCCCAGUUGUUAACAGCGAUGAACUAUCCCAGUAUCUGGCAGUGGAAAACACGGGCUACUUCACUGAUAACAACGAGCAGCGUAUUGACUCACCCAAAACCGCAUGGUCGAAAAACGCCAAGGGAACGCCACGAAAGGGCGUUUUUCCCAGCCAUAAGGCCAUUAAGAAGUACUUUCCACACAAAAUUAAAUAUAAGGAUAGAAACGAGAUAAAUGAAAUCGACAAAUCUCGGGAAAAGAUGCCAAAUUCCGAAGAAUUACUUAAACUGGAUGUAAAAAAAUACGACCAUUUCAACUAUAAAAAGCCAAAUAACAUACUAAAGUGGCAGAUAGAUUACACCAAGCACGGGGAUCCCAAGAUUAAUUUUAGUCAAGAAUCAGACCAGCUCAGAGGCAAGCUGGUGAAGACCGGUUCAGACACAGAGAACACAGUCUAUAAGCACAGGACUGGCGUACUUCAUCCCAAUGUUUACAUCAAGAACAGUGCGAAAACGGGUGUCAGCGGUUUGAACCCGUGCGCGCAUCUCGGCACAUUCCAUUAUUAUUCUAACCUUCCUCGAAAGCACACAGCUAUGUCGCGCCCUGUUCUGUCGUCGCACGUUCUCGAUACGUCCACAGGAAGACCAGCGGUGCAACUCUUCACAGAGUUAUUCAAGCAAAAGGGAGAUACGUGGGUAUCGUGGCACAACACCGUGACAACAGGCGAUGGAAGGAUCCAGUUUCCCUUCACCAAGGACUCCAUGAGUGCAGGAACUUACAAAUUGAAAUUCAACGUGGGAGAUUAUUACACGAGGAACGAGAAAGAAACGCUUUAUCCGUAUGUAGAGAUUGUCUUCGAAGUGAAAGAAAACGAACAUUACCACAUCCCACUGCUGCUCAGUCCCUAUGGUUAUUCCACGUACAGGGGAAGCUAAUCAUUUUAUGGAAAGUACUUUCGACUCUUUCGAGCGGAAGCCUAAUUUCAUUACCAAAGCUCCGGGGAAAACUUUGCACGUCAUUAUAAUUAAUAAAUUAUCGCUUGUUGCGUUCCUCAUAUCUCAUAUCCUAUAAAUCCUAUUAUGUCCAGUAUUCACAUAAAUUUAAAAAGUACUUACAUAUGAGUCGCUUAACUUCAAACUCGGGUAAAUCCAUCUGUCAGACUAUGCGAUUUUGGUAUUAAUAAAAGGUAAUAGAGUAGAUAUUUAUUAUUUUAUUAUUAAUAAUAGGGUCGAAUGGAUUUAUCUGAGUUUGAAGUUAAGCGACACAUAUACCGUAGAUCAGCGGUCGGCAACAAGCGGCCCGCGAAGCUCGCACUUGCGGUCCGCGAGCCUCCCUGGCUAUUUUGUACGUAAUAUUGACAAACGACAAUGUCUGAUAAAGUCAUAAAUAUUAACAAAGUGCGGCCCGCGUCAACUUCGGUAACUACUAUUUGGCCCUUGGCUGCUAAAAGGUUGCCGACCGCUGCCGUAGAUGAUGACUACAUCAACUGUCGCUUAUCUUUGGCCUAUUUUUUUUUUUAAUUUAUUUAGAACAUUAAGCACUAAUCAAUGUGUAAAUAUAGGCCCUUGUAUUGCAUAAAGAAAUCUUUAUUGCACCGCACGACAUUACCGCGAGGUAAGACCCAUUAAAUUAAAGUUAAUUAUUUCACUGUAAUUCCAUGUAAAAUAAAACGAAACGUUUUUAAACAACGUCAGACUCGGUUUUUUUUUUCUUACACUUUCAGUCUCUUUUCGCGUAAAUGCCUUACCGCGCUAAGAGAACUCGGACCUUUCUUCCCUCACCCCGUAAAUAAAUAAAACAAUUUUGUAACCAAAUUUUGUAUAAUUUAUAUUUGUACAUGGUCUAUUUUAAUCUAUCUACGGAGCGUUAGAAGCCUGACGGCUAAGAUUUAAAUUUGCAGUUCAUUUAGUACAAGAACAAUCCGCUUGGAGCGCAUAAGGCAAGCCGAUGAUGCUAGCGCCACUU